GGCGAUCGCUCAGUCGCUGGGAAUUCGUCGAAAGAGUCGCUACUUUGCGUGGAAGAUCGGUUGAUUUCAACAUGAAAAUCGAAUGGGCUCCUGUUCGAGUUCCUCUGGCUCGCCGUCUCCAGACUCUAGUCGUGACUUUCUUCACCUGCAUAUUCUUUACGCUGCCCAUAUUAUCCUGCCUCACAGUUGCUAUCCUGCUGUAUUAUUGUGGACUCUUUCUGCGCAGUAUAAUUUUAGUAUAUUUUGUAAUAAUUUAUUUCGAUUACAAGAGGAACUUUGGCAUCAUGGAGGGCAAUGGCUGGUUAUUUUACCGCAGUGUUCGGAAAUAUCGGAGCUACUUUCCCGUCGAACUUGUCAAAACCGCUGAGCUGCCGGCAACCAAAAAUUAUAUUGUGGCGAGCUUUCCUCACGGAAUUCUGGGAACUGGAACUUGUGUUAACAUGGGCAUGGACAUCACAAAUUGGCUGGAGCUGUUUCCCCAAGUUCGACCCAAGAUAGGCACCCUGGAUCAUCACUUCAAGACCCCCCUUGUACGUGACAUAGUGCGUUGGUGGGGCAUGGUGUCGGUUUCCAAGGAGUCACUGGUCUAUUUACUGAGCAAAUCAAAUGAUCCCGGGCACAAAGACAAUCGCGAUGGUUUCACAUCCAAUGCGGUGGCUGUUCUGGUUGGUGGAGCCCAGGAGGCUAUGGACUCGCAUCCUGGACAGUACAUUUUGACCUUGAAGAACAGAAAGGGUUUCGUCAAAAUGGCCAUUCGAACGGGCUCAUCUAUAGUGCCCUCGUUUUCCUUUGGCGAAGUGGACAUUUUCGAUCAGGUGGCAAAUCCUCCGGACUCCCUGCUCCGCCGCUUUCAAAAUGUGGUCAAAAAGUGCACAGGAAUUUCACCGCUUCUCCCCAAGGGUCGCGGCAUCUUUACCUACAACUAUGGGAUGCUGCCCCAUCGCCGGCGUAUUGUCCAAGUUGUGGGUUCCCCCAUCGAUGUGGUGAAAAGCGAUAGUCCCGAUGCCGUCUAUGUGGACGAGAUCCAUGGACAGGUGAUGGCGGCGCUGGAGAAGAUGUUCGAUCAGUACAAAGAGGAGUACAUACCAAACUCCCAGCAGAGCAAACUGGUUAUACAGUAACUGCAAAAAAUGCCUCAGACUAUGUGAUUUAUAGUAGGAUUUAGGAAUCUUUUUUAACCGCAACAAAUAACAGAUCAUUGAUUGUUUUUAACGAAA